AUGAAUACCCGCCAGUCGAUCGACGAGUCCAUCGGGCCAUACUCACUAUCAGUAACCUUCAACCAUGAUAACAGCUGCUUUUCAGUGGGGAUGGAUACGGGCUUCUGUGACUUCAAUGCUGGCAUCGGAGUAGCCGAGAUGUUGGGCCAGUCCAACUACCUGGCCAUCGUUGGGGGUGGGAGAAACCCCAAGUUCCCCCAGAACAAGCUGGUCAUCUGGGACGAUGCCAAGCAGAAAGCGGCCAUCACGCUCGAAUUCCGGACCUCGGUACUAGGCGUUCGUCUAUCGAAAUCAAAGAUCGUCGCCGUGCUGUUGAACAGUGUUCAUGUAUUUGCCUUCUCUAACCCACCAAAGAAGCUUUCGGUGUUUGAGACCUCAGACAACCCCCUAGGACUCGCUUGUCUUGACCAAAAGGUACUAGCCUUCCCAGGUCGAUCCCCGGGCCAGGUCCAGAUGAUAGAACUGGAGACUGGAAAUAUCAGCAUUAUCCCAGCGCAUAGUACUCCACUCCGAGCAAUGGCACUGAGCCCAGAUGGAAAGCUACUGGCAACGGCUAGUGAGUCGGGAACACUGGUGCGGAUCUUUGCUACUGGAAACUGCACCAAGUUGGCGGAGUUGCGACGUGGAGUCGACCACGCGGUCAUAUUUUCCAUUGCAUUUUCACCAUCCAAUACUAUGCUGGCCGUUACAUCUGACAAGUCCACUCUUCACAUCUUUGAUCUUCCCCAGCCACCUAUCAGCCGUCGCAGCCAAUCACCGACACCAACUUCCGAGGAAUCAGCACCUAGCCAAAAAUGGGGAAUCCUUGGCAAAAUUCCAUUGCUUCCUCGUGUCUUCUCAGAUGUCUACUCGAUUGCGAGUGCACAUUUCGAGAUUGGCGAAGGAACCACCCCUGGUUCGGCGUAUGUACCGACAAGUGGACCAUCCUUUGGUCGGCCCCAAAAAGGACUGCUAGGGUGGUGCGAUGAUCAGACUCUCUUGGUGAUAGGUUCCGGAAGAGAGGGACGAUGGGAGAAAUUCGUGCUUCGGGAAGGCGAAGAAGGCAAACGAUAUUGUGUGCGGGAUGGUUGGAAACGAUAUCUUGGCGGUGGUUGA